AUGGCAGCCCAGAGAGUGGCGGUGCUGUUAUCCUGGCUGAGCUGCUGCGGCUCAGCGCUGUGGAGAUAUUACACUAAAAGCCCGGACUACCGCAUUUUCAGUACCAGAAGCACCAUUCAGUUAGAGUAUGAAGGAACAUUUUUUUCUGAGUGGAGUGUGCCAGAAACCUGUUCUGUGAAAAAUAAAAGCUCACCCACGACUGAACUGCGUUGUCCUUCUCCCGGUAUUCAGAUUAUUAGACCGAUUGUGAAAGGCCCAAAUGUAGAAGAAGAACGCUAUUUAUUUGUGGACAAAUCUAAUACUUGCUUUCUGUGGUACUAUAAAGUUAUAAAUUUCCCUGAGGUUUUAAUUCAGAAUCUCAUCAUAUGGGUAUAUGACCCAGAAAACGCAGACCCCAGUGAGCUGGUAUGGGAAGCAGAAUCGCCGUCACCAAAUUCCAUUAUGCUUAGCAAGCAGUUGACCACUUUGGGCCAGGAGCCAGUUGUCUAUACACUUCUGAAGGGAAAAGUUUAUUUUUCACAUGAAAAACUGGAGAAUGGGAAACCUAAAUACGAGGAGGCCGGGGAGCAUGCCAUCCAAGUUCUGAAGUCACUACCGAGCCAGAUUCUCCAGAAAGUGUAUGAAGAUACUUUUGGAUUUCAGGACCUCAAAACAUUUAUAUUCACAUGCCCUUUGGCAAAGAGGUACUUCCUGAAGAAUGUGCUUUAG